ACCUCUAAUGUUCGUUGCUCCUCGCUCUUGGAUGAAGGAUACCUGAUUUGUUUCUUUCUCGGAUUUCAGUUUCCUCUCAAACAGAUAUUUCCCAUUCCUUUCGAGUCGGAUAAUCCGAACAGUAGCCCAAGUUUCUCUCUUUUGCAGCUCUGCUUCUAAUGGCGGUUUCAAUUUCGACGUCGACGAUUCCUUCUUUGAAUUCGGGGUGCUCUAAUCGUUUGGCCGCUCCGUCUUCGUCGUCGUCUUCUCUGCAAUUCCCUCUACGGGUUCCGCAAGUUCGAAUCGGAACCACGGGGGUGUGCUCUCCUUCACGCCCUCGAGUCCUUUUGGUCAAAGCCGCUAAGCAAACAUUCUCCUCCUUUGACGAUUUGCUGGCUAAUACUGACAAACCUGUAUUGGUUGACUUCUAUGCUACCUGGUGUGGUCCUUGUCAAUUCAUGGCUCCUGUCCUCAGUGAAGUCAGUGCUCGGUUGAAAGAUAAGAUCCAAGUGGUGAAAAUAGACACCGAGAAGUACCCUAGCAUCGCUGAUAAGUACAGAAUAGAAGCAUUGCCUACUUUCAUCAUGUUUAAGGACGGAGAACCUUAUGAUCGCUUUGAGGGUGCUUUGACUGCAGAUCAGCUCAUCCAACGAAUUGAAAACUCUCUGAAAGUUAAGCAAUAGAUAAGUUCAGCAGCGAAAUCAAGCUUUUAGAUUGGCAAACUGGAUUUCGUAAAUGAAGAUUGCACAUUAGAUUGCUCUUAUCUUUCUUUCAGCGCUGCCUUCACUUUUUCUUUUUUCUUUUUUUAUAAACUGAUGUUGUACCAAAAAAAUGGUUUAUUUCUGCCAUGUUACCUUGGAUUAUGUUAAUAAGCCAAGCCAAACAAACUUUGGUGACAGAUUGCUUGGACUUUUGUAGAUCUGCACAAAAAUUGUCUCCAUUGAAAUUUUGACCAGGAAAAAAACCAGAACUUCCUUUUUGAUGGCAGUGAACAUUUUAUGUAUCUUACAUUCCAAUAUGGUUAAUGAUCUCAGGUUCCUUGCUA